AUCCUCAGCUGUCCCCAGCUCCCCAAACCACCUGACACGCGCCACCUCACGACCUAGCAUCAUGUCCGAAUACUGGAAAUCGAUCCCCAAGUACUGGUGCAAGCACUGCAAAGACUUCGUCACGGACACACCUCUCGGGCGCAAAAACCACGACGCGACAUCCAAGCACCAAAACGGUCUAAAGCGUUUCCUACGCGACAUCCAUCGCGACAACGAGCGCGCGCAGACCGCAACUGAGAAUGCUAAACGCGAGGUUGAGCGGCUCAAUGCAAUUGUCAGCGGCGGGUCAUCCUCUACGGCGGCGCAGCCGAACACGCAGUCGGUGGCGAAGCCGGAGGUUGCGCGAGGCGAGAAAUGGGGGGCGGCCACCAGGGCCCUGACCGCAGAGGAAAAGAAGAGGCAGAUGAAGGAGCUGGAGGCACUGGGUGUAGCAAUGCCGGAGGAAUUUAGAGGGGAUUUGGCACUGCCCGGGGAGUGGUCGACGGUUUCGGUGACCUACGAGAAGCCGAAGAUGACGGAAAAGGAAAGGAUGCAGAAGGAGAUUGCGGAACAGCAAAAAAAGGAGAUGGACGAGGCUGAGAGAAAGCGUAAAUGGGACGAGCUCGAUGAGGAUGACAAGGAGAUUCGCAGCUUUAAGAUUCAGGAGCGGACUUAUCCUGGUGCGGCGGCGCCGGAUGUCGAUGUGGAUUCAUUAUUUGGGAAGGGGAAGAGCAAGGUUAAGGUAGAGGAGGACGUACCUGUGGGCAAGCCGGUGGCCUUCAAAGUCGACAAGAAGGAAGAAGGUAUCAAGAGGGAGGACGAGGCGGAGGACGAGGGGGAGGAUACACGCGAGCCGCUAGUAAAGAGGGAGCGCUCUGAGAGUCCACCGGGAAUCACAGUCAAGGCCGAGGAAACCAACGCACCAGAUGUGGUCCUCAAGAAGGAGGAGGAGGAAGAAGAAGCACCCGCACCUGCUGCCAGUGGGGUGGUGUUCAAGAAACGGAAAGCUAAGAGCAUGAGGAAGAAGGACUAGAUGAGUCUUGUUUUGAAUUCCGGUGCAUGUUCUUACACGGCGUUUUUAGGUGUUGCUGUGGGUCCGGGAAUGGGCCUCGUGAUGGAUGUGUCAUGCUUGUUUUUGUAGAGCGCACGCAUAGAUUUUAAUCGGUCAGUUUGAUCAACAGUACCGCAACACGGUAGAACGUUUCUGUAAGCAAGAUCAUACUUCAGCUUCGUAGGG